AUGACAGCGCCCACCUCCCUCAUAGUCGUCUGCUGCCACGGCAUCUGGAAGGGCGGCCCUUCCAACGGCGCUGAUGAAGAGGAGUGGCUCAUUGCCGACUUUCAGCGCGGCGAGACGGGCACUUUUAUCGAGCACGUUAAACUGGGGGUGAAGCUUCUCGCUGAGAGCUACGAUGACAGCGUGCUUGCAUUCUCGGGCGGCCCAACCCGCAAAGAAACAGCUCUAAGUGAAGCCCAAAGCUACAGCAACCUCGCCGCAGCGCACAACUUAUUCGACCACGUCUUCAUCAACAAGCCCAGCUCAAAGCCACAAACGGUUUCCAAAGUUGUUUCAUCAAAAAUCCUCAUCGAAGACCGCGCAUUAGACUCGUACCACAAUGUGCUCUUCAGCCUCACCCUCUUCUACACGCGCUUCAAAGCCUGGCCCCUAUCUUUAACCAUUGUCUCUCACGAUUUCAAGAGGCCCCGCUUCAUAGAUGGCCAUUGUGCUGCCAUUGAAUUUCCAAUCGAGAGGACAAGAUUCUUGGGCAUCGAUCCGCCUGGUAUGAUUAAUGGCGAGAACAAAGUUGCGAUGAAAGGCGUGGGACAGGCGGUGGAUGAAUGGACGGCUGAUCCUCACGGACGGGGAGAGAAAUUGGCUGGAAAGAGAGCGAAUAGAAAUCCGUGGGCAGUAUGGCAGGGUGUUUUUGAAGACGAGGUGGACGGGUUCGGUAAAGGGGGCUUGGUUACGAGAGGGGAGGGUGAGAUGGAGGCGUUGGUCGACGAUGCUCCACGGCCAUGGUGAUGGAACUAUCGGUAUUGUUCAUUAUUCUUUAGACACCAUCUUAUAUCUAGACUUUUAGCAGAGCCACAUAAAUAGAAGCAUCUUGCAUCAAACUCAAUCUACAUCCUCGCUCUACUCUCAGCAUCCUUCCUCCUCUGCCUCGGCCCCUCCGCCACCGCCCUCACCAAAAACGCAACCGCAUCAUUCACCAUGUCCGCCGCAAAUCUGUGUCCCACGCCCUCAUACACUCUAUCGUCAACCUCAACGCCUCCAUCAGCAUACCAUCCGCCUGCCGCAUCCUUCAACAGCCUGAUGAAAGCCUCCCCCUUGGAGUACGGCACCAGCUCAUCAGCCCCGCCCGAGCACAGAAGCAGCUUCUUGCCCCGGACGCGGCUGUCAAAGAUGCCGCGAAGACGAUCCUGUUCAGCCGACGAGAGCGGCAGAGCAGGAAUGGCGUCGGUCCCGAAUAGGAUGCCCUUGGGAUCGAACUUGCGAGCCGUGGCGACGGAGUCAGCAG